AUGUCGCUGACCGACCCUGAGUCGAAGGAGGCGGCUGCAUAUAGCAUCGAAGACAUAGAGAAGGACGUGAAUGACGCUAAGGUCAUCACUGUGCACGAGCAUGAAGCUUUGUCGGACAUCAACACCAGCAUAGACUUAUUCACCUAUCAUGAACGCAACGCAGGGCGACUCGUUCUUGACCCGGAGGAAGCAAAAAUCGAGUUCGGAGAAGAGGUCGCGAAGCGAUUGAAGCUUUCGCGCGAUGGCACGAAAGUCUUAUGGCCGCAACCUACCGAUGACCCUGAAGACCCUCAGAACUGGUCCGACAGGCGAAAGAACUUCCAGCUCUUCAUUAUCACUCUCGCAGCUAUCGUUCCUGACUUUGACUCUGGUAUUGGCAUUGCUUCUAUAUUUGCGCUAGCCAAGCAGUAUGAUACCACGUCCGGUGUGAUCAACGAUUUAACAUCGAAUUGGAGUAUCUUCCUACUUGGAUGGGGUAGUAUAUUCGCCGUGAUGCUCAUGCGUCGCUACGGGAGAUUACCGAUAUUGUUCUGGUCCCAGGUACUAGCAUUGGGCUUCCUCAUAGGAUGUACCUUUGCACCAAACCUCAAUACAUUCACGGCUAUGCGAUGUCUAACUGCAUUUUUCGGCACCUGCCCCCAAGUCACGGGCCUCUACGUUGUCACGGAUUUGUUUCCCUUUCAUCUGCAAGCGAGGAAGGCGAUGAUCUUCGGAUUCACCACUGGCAUCAAUACGACCAAUGCUGUUUUCCUUGCUGAUCCCCCUCCAGUGGGUUAUGGUUUCAGCGAGUACGCAAUUGCUGGAGCAUAUGGUACCCCAAUAAUUGCCGUCGUUCUGGGGGAACUCAUCGGCCAUUUUCUAAACGACUGGGUCAUGGAGGUCUGUGUGCGAAGAAAUAACGGAGUUUUUGUAGCUGAAAUGCGUCUAUGGACCUGCUACGUUGCCGUUAUCUUAUAUAUCGCCGGAUUUAUCGUACUCGGAUGGUCAAUGGAGCACCUUAAUGUUUCAGGACUCAUACUGGGAUGGGGCAUCGCACAAUGCGUGGUUGUGUUCAACACCGUCGCUGUCUAUGCGUACUGUAAUGACUGUUUCCCCGAUCGUCAGGGAGAGAUUUCUGCUCUUGUCAACCUCUCUCGCACUCUGGGCGGAUUCAGUGUGGCGUACUUCCAAGUACCCUGGGCAACACGAUACGGUGCACUGCAAACAUUUGGCGUGGAGGCAGCCGUUGUCGCCGCACUGUUCCUCUUUAUUGUGCCCGCAUUGCAGGUGAAGGGUACAUAUUUAAGGAGUCGAUUCUCCGCUUAG